AGUCCAUUUUACGGAAUGCGGAUAACUGAAAAAAAAUAAUGGGUAGCGCUCUCCUUCUUUCUCCCUAGGUUUUCAUCCCAAUACAAUACUAAUACCAGAGCUGAGAGGCCAUACAGUAACUUCAACUGUGCUCAGCCAUUCAACUUCGCCGCCGCCACCACACUUUCUCGUCCAAAAGUAUUUAGAAUGGCUGGAGCUUGUUGAAGUUGAGUGGAUCAGUAGCUGAAAAUAACCUUGACAUGGACAAUGGGCUGUUUUUUUCUUGGGGUUGCUCUGAUUUUCACUUAGAGACGGCCUAACUCAAAUUUUCAGGACCUGACCUUUAGGUUACCUUUAAUAUUUGGUUACUGGGCUGAACAUACUCCAAACUCUAUUAGAGCACUGGAAUCUUUUUAUCACAGGAAGAUGAACAGAUCUAGUCGGAAGACGAACAGAUCUAGUCGGCUAAAAGAAAAGCAUGAUAAAAGUAGUAGGCAUUCCCUGCGUGAGUAUGAUGAAGAAAGUGCUGCUCGGACAAGGCCUUUCAGCUUUGACGAGAUUAUGCUUAGAAGGGAAAACAAGUUGUUGUCUGAAAAUGUGAAAGAGGGAACCUUUGAAUCAGGGCACAUAUUAUUAAAGGAAGAAACUGUUGAGAAUGUUUCUGAUGCUUUUGAAUCUGAAAGGGGUUACAAACGUAAUAAUGAUUCUUCUCCUGUUGUGGAAAAGCAUGUAUCUGAGAAAUUAGUGAAGGCAGGUUCCAGAAAGAAAGAAGAGAAUAGUUCUAUGAAGGAAGAUGCUUUAGUUAAGAGAAAGGACAGAGAAAGUCGUUUGUCAAAUACCGAAUUGAAGGAUAAAGACAACAAAGAUAUGAGCUAUAAGGAUAAACUAGGAAGAAACAACCACCAAAAACAUGUUAGGAGAAAAAAUGAUGAGUGGUCAACUGAUGAUUCUGAAAAUGAACCUGAAGAGAAGCACUCUAGAGAUUUGGCUGAUAGGGAUAGACAUGCAGAAAGAAGUAGGGAAGGCCUUGAAAGAGGAAGCAAGAGAAAAUACAGAAAUGGAGUUGAUGAGACUAAUAGAGACCGGAAUACUGCAAAGAAACAUGACCCAAGGAAACAACAUGAUUUAGAUAUUUCAGAUAGAAAAGAGAGGAAGGAGUCAUCAAAAUCACGUUAUGAAGAACCAAGAAAAAGGAGACGGUCAAGGAGUAGAGAACGUGAGGACAGAAAUAAGAGGUCAGUUUCGCCAUCAACACGUGAAGAGUCAAGGAAAAGGAGACGGUCAAGGAGUAGAGAACGUGAAGACAAAAUUAGAAGGUCCAUUUCACCAUCAACAAGGGCACACAAGCAUAAUUCUCACCAUGGUGGGGAGCACAGAGAGUUGUCCUCACAUUCUCUUAGAGAUAGGUCCGGACGACAACAUUCAGAUAUUGACAGGAACAGAGUAUCAAGUAAUGGUUCGAGUAGCCAUUAUCGGCGACAUAGUGGAUACACAAGUGGACUUGGUGGCUAUUCACCAAGGAAGAGAAAAUCUGAGGCUGCUAUUAAGACUCCUUCCCCAUAUGGUCGUUCACCAGAGAAGAAAAGUGCUGGGUGGGAUCUCCCACCAGUUGGAAUAGCUGCUGUUGUUUCUGGUUCAGAUCCUUCGAAUUUUCAGUCAUCAAAGCAGGAUGUAGCCUCAACUGGAAAUGAGAUGGUCAAUGCUGUUUCUGCUGCUUCCACCACAGUGAAGUCUCUUUCUGCGGUGUCUAACUCUUUCUUAUCAAAGAAGAAUUACUCGUUUGACUCUGUUCAACUAACACAAGCUACUCGGCCUAUGAGGAGGCUUUAUGUAGAAAAUAUACCAGCUUCUGCCUCAGAGAAAGCUGUAGUGGAAUGCUUUAAUAAGUUUUUGCUGACUUCUGGUGUUAAUCAUAUCCAAGAACCCCAGCCAUGUAUCAAUUGUAUUAUGUAUAAAGAGAAGGGCCAGGCGCUUUUAGAAUUUCUUACACCUGAGGAUGCUUUGGCAGCCCUUUCUUUUGAUGGCGGUUCCUUCUCUGGCUCCAUUCUCAAAGUCAGACGCCCUAAAGACUUUGUUGAAGUGGCAACUGGUGAUCUGGAGAAAUCAGCGGCUGCAGUUGAUUCAAUAAGUGAUAUCGUGGAGGAUUCACCUAACAAGAUAUUCAUUGGUGGAAUUUCAAAGUUUAUUUCAUCAAAAAUGCUUAUGGAGAUCGUAAGUGUCUUUGGACCUUUGAAGGCUUACCACUUUGAGGUCAACGAAGAGCUCAGUGAGCGCUGUGCUUUUCUUGAGUAUGUAGAUCAAUCAGUUACUCCCAAAGCUUGUGCUGGUUUGAAUGGAAUGAAGUUGGGAGGGCGAGUACUUACAGUAGUUCAAGCUAUUUCUGAUGCAUUGUUUCUGGAAAAUGGUGGGAAUUCUAUUUGCUAUGGGAUCCCCGAGCUUGCAAAGCCACUUCUCAAACAGCCCACAGAAGUUCUAAAGCUUAAAAAUGUGUUCAAUCCUGAGAGUCUGUUAUUGCUGCCCGAGCCAGAAGUUGAAGAAGUUCUUGAAGAUAUACGGUUGGAGUGUGCAAGGUUUGGCACUGUGAAAUCUGUUAAAGUUGUCAAGCAGAGCAACAGUCACAUGAGCACCUCGGGGACCUUUGAAGUUAUUGACAAUGGGGAAUCUGCUGGGGCCUGGCAAGAUUUAUCUCAUGAUGAAGAAAAAACAGAAACAGAAACUUCGGGAAAAGAUGAUGACCAUGAUACUGGUAAAAUUAGUGAGGCAGACCUUCUUGGUGAUAUCAAAGAACUCAAAGAAGAUGAAAUAAUUUUGAGAAGAACUUGCUUCAAUGAUGAUGGACCUGCUGAUGAUAAUGGAGAGAACAAGUCAUGCCAAAUGGGUCUGCUUGAUAGUAACGUGGUUGUUGAGGACUAUGAGAACAUAUCAGAUGGUGUUCCUGAAGAACUCGCUAACCAGCUGAACAGUCAAAAUCAAUCGGAUUGUCAUGAUGAAAAGGUUGCUGAUAUUACUGAAGCGAAGGACAUUAGCUUGGAAAACAAUUUGAUGGUUGAAGAUCAGUCAACUUUGGGGGAAGCUGAUAAUAAGUUACAGGAAGCUUCUGUUGGAAUGGAUGGCAUUGUGGCUGCUGAAUCAGCUGCUGCUGAGCGGGGUGAGAACGAGGAACGGGAUUGUGAUCUUGGACAUGUAUUUGAGCUGGGGUGUGUUUUUGUUGAGUAUGGAAGAACAGAAGCCUCUUGUGUGGCAGCACAUUGUUUGCAUGGACGCCUUUUUGAUGACCGGAUUGUGACAGUGGAGUUUGUUGCUCUUGAUCUUUACCGGGUGAGGUUUCCAAAAUGAAUAUGUUUGGACAACUGCAUUUGGUGAGACUACAGGGUACAAUGUCCUGUCUCUUCAACCACUGGAAGAUGAAUCUGACUUCUGGGUCCUCAGCACACAUUUGAUUACUUUAUGUGGCAGGGCUCAGUCAUUGGUUAAUUUCAAAAUUUUGGAUCCAAAUAUAUAUGUUUUAGUUUUUUGGCCAUGGUGCAGUGUGUAUAGGCGCAUGGAUGCAGAAAUCUUACGAAAUUGCUUCAUAUUGGCUGUGUAGUGAGGAGCUUGGCUUUAGCUAAUCACCAAGCACUUCACUGGAUACUGCUUGAGCUCUGAGAUUAUUUGUCUGAAUGUCUCUGUUACUGUAUACAAAGGAUGAUGAUGGGAAGGGUAUGGGCUACUGAUCUAAAUGGUAUUUAGGUGCUGCUUACUCAAUGUACUAACUUCAUUCCUAGAGCUAAUUUUUUCCCUUAGAUUUGUUUAGCUUGGUUUAUGUCCCAUGAACAAUCUUAUGUCAAUUUCUUAAUGCUCUUGGAAAUUUAAAAUGGAUUCAUGCACCGAGUUGAGGCAAUGAUCCAUUUUGCUUGAUUAUAGAUUAUUUAUUUAAUUUGUUUUCUAGGU